CUCUCCUACGCAGCAACCAGUGCAGAAUUUCGAGAUGAUUCGAAGUACUUUGGACUCUACACAAACGUACCGUCAAGGUCUUCGUACAAUAAGGCCAGGCUCUCUUUAAUAAAAGAAUUUGGUUGGAAGAGAAUCGCAAUUCUGCAGGAAUAUAAUUUCAAGUAUUACACUCAGGUAUUACGCCGAUUUUUUGACGUUGCAUCAGGUUUUUCCUUCCAAAUUUCUUUUCUUCCUGAGGCUAUAGGCCCUACAUAAUAUAUUCCUGUACCUAUAUAAUAGGUUUUUUUUAAUGUUGCAAAGUAAAUAGUUUCCAUGAACGAAUUUCUCAACGAACGUCCAUUCCGAAUAAGACGUCUCGUUUCUGGCAUCUCUCAUCAAUUAUGCAAACUUUGUGUUUUAAAAACACGAAUCUCCGGAAACGCAUUAGCUCAUAACUGUCACCAAUCCAGGUGAAGCGCAUAAAUUAACUAAGAUUUUUCGCUACAAGAUAUUACUGAUCUCAGUAGGAGCUCUGACGAAACCUGUUAUUAAUAUUGUUAUUGAUUAAAGGUACAGAUUGAAGGUGUUUUGGAUCUUCUGAGUGAUAACAAUUUUUGAUUUAUUGUAUGUCAUUUAUUGCGGGAAGCAAUAACACGUGUAAAUGUUGCGCUUUUUCGCCUUCUGGUGGCCUCAACUUAGCAGCAUCGCCAUGGUACCCAGAAAGACAUAUUAUAAAGUUAUGCGUUCUGUGAUGGUGGCUAACUGGGUUUUUUUCAGUAUUUCACGCACAUUCUUCUAUGACUAUGAUAAAUGUUUAAGAGUGCAUCUCUUAAAUAUAUCGUUGAGACAUGAUUUGCUUAGCACGAUAAUCUGUUCGCACUUAUAUAUAAAACUCCCCAAUCUUUAAUUUAAAACAACUCUCUCUAAAGCAUAAACAACGGCAUCGCUUGCUGGUGACUGUUUUGACUUACCUUCUAUUAUAUCAGGUGUAAUAUGCCCAUGCUGUUCCAGAUAUUCAGCCUUUAACUCCUCGGAUAAUUCCUUUCGUUUAGCAUUUGAAAAUGAACACGCCUUACCAAAGUCUAUCAGUAUGGCAUGGAACUGCACAUUAUCCUUAGUAACCAUGACGUUGUCCAAUUUUAUAUCAUUGUGCAAAAUCUUGUUGUCGUGCAGAUACUUCAAGGUGUUACUUAGUUGUGCUAUGACGGAUAUGCCUUCCAAAUUACUUAGAUGAAACUGGGAUAUUUCGAGAUUUGGGAAAUUGUACGACGUAUUUCUUUUAUCAAUGCCAUAAAACAAAGAAACUAUAAGCCACGGCCUCGUCGUAACGUUCAUGUCAAUGUAAAUUGUGCACCACUCAAAGCAAGCAUAUUUUGUAUGACAGCAGCAUUUCAGAAACUAUAUUUAUACACUUGAAAGGAAUCACAGAUAGUUCCAUUUAUUCAAAUAAUGUUAAGCUUCAUCUGAUCAAGAUGACCCAUUUUUUUGACACAAGGGUAUAUCAGCUUAAACGUAUUUCGAACAAAUAAGUUUGCGAUCAUGCAAGAUCAUGCAAUAGAUUGUGCAUAGCAUAGCAUAACAUAGGAAAGCAAGCAUAUAUUAUUGUAUUUAUCGCAACAUCAUGUUAGCAACUCAAAUUCCAUUUGAAUUUAGAAAUCUUAGUUCCAUCUGCGUAUUUAUUCAAAUAAUUUUAAGUUCAACUGAUUAAAGUAAGAUGAAACAUCUUCAAAAUCUGUCAGCAUAAGAUGACGCAUCUUUCUGACACAAGAGUAUAUCAGCUUAAAAGUAUUUGGAACAAAUAAAUUUGUCAUCAUGCAAGAUCAUGCAGUAGAUUGUGCAUUAUAGCAAAGCAAUGUCAUAUUGUAUUUAUCGCAACAUUAUGUUAGCAACUCAAAUUCCAUUUCAAUUUAGAAACGUAUAGUUCCAUAUGCCUAUUUAUUCAAAUAAUUUUAAGCUUCAAUUACUGAUUAAGGUAAGAUGAAGCAUCUUCAAAAUCUGUCAGCAUAAGAUGACGCAUCUUUCUGACACAAGAGUAUAUCAGCUUAAAAGUAUUUGGAACAAAUAAAUUUGUCAUCAUGCAAGAUCAUGCAGUAGAUUGUGUAUUAUAGCAAAGCAAUGUCAUAUUGUAUUUAUCGCAACAUUAUGUUAGCAACUCAAAUUCCAUUUCAAUUUAGAAACGUAGUUCCAUAUGCCUAUUUAUUCAAAUAAUUUUAAGCUUCAAUUACUGAUUAAGGUAAGAUGAAGCAUCUUCAAAAUUUGUCAGCAUAAGAUGACGCAUCUUUCUGACACAAGAGUAUAUCAGCUUAAAAGUAUUUGGAACAAAUAAACUUGUCAUCAUGCCGCAAGAUCAUGCAGUAGAUUGUGCAUUAUAGCAAAGCAAUGUCAUAUUGUAUGUAUCGCAACAUUAUCUUAGCAACUGAAAUUCCAUUGGAAUUUAGAUUAUUUAAUACAGUAUCAUAUAAGUGGAUUAGAAAGCUUUCGGCCAAUAUUUUGAGCCGUGUACUUUGCAAAACAUCGAGAUCGAGUUGCAGAGACUGACAUAUAAACCUACCCUUCUUGACUCCUUUCAGCAUGAGUUACUGCACGUAGUUAUUUACUUACUGUACGCUUUCCAGAAGUAUGAAAAUUGUUUAAUCAUACCAAUAUACAUCACUCUGAGCACUCCUAGUAAGAUGAAGACCAUUCACGUUCGUAUAAGCGAGAAUUAAGCCGUUUCAAAAGUCGUCUUUCAAUCUGUUCUCUAAGAGCAUGCAUUAUCUGCUCAAUCGUUCGCGCCGUAUCGUCCCUUUCGUUGUUCUUCAGAGUAACGCUUGAUGUUGUGUUGGCGCCAAUUUCUGCAAGCGGGAACGAGUUGACCAUUUGGCGUAUAUACUGGGAUACGCUGGACUGUAGCCACGCUCCGGCAAGUGUGCGCUAACUGCGCUUUCUCAUCGCGAAUGUUAAGAUACCGAAUGACGAGACAACGUAAGCUUCGGCGAUUUUCCGUCCAGCAUUAAACCAACCGCAUGGCACUAGAUUACCGUUGUAAUCCUGAAGCUUAGGUAUUUUAUAUUGACCCCCUUAAAUUCGUACGAGAAACAUUGCAAUAUAUAUUUAUUGCCAUUAUUCCUAUUUGAUAUGCUUGAACCUGGCAAGCAGUAAUUAUAGGCGUACCAAUUUCUAUAUGGCUCGAUCCAAACAAUGCGAAAAUACACGGUAAUACAUUUCCGCAUCUUUUGUCAUGCAUUUGCCAAGCCAGCUACACCAGACACUGAUGAUUCUAAUUUGGCGCGUUUAUGGCAAAACAGUAUAAUUUGUAGUUUCCUUGUAAAGUGAUGACAGUGUAAACAAACCAUAUUGUACGUUAAUAACUUAAAUACAUGCCUUAAUAUUUAACAGUUACAGCAACCUUUUUCCUCUUGUGGAGCAAAGACCCUGAUCGGGGCUGGUCACGUGACCCCUCAGAUUCUGCGUGGUAAAUUGAAUUGCUCUCAGGGAGGGGUAGCAGAGGAGUCUGUUUGUUGCGUUUGGAAAAUUGCAAUUUUAUGUGUUAUAGUUUUGGGUGAUAAAAUCUAAUUUGCAACAAGAAAUCGUGAAAGAAACUGUUUUAAAUUCAUAUUCAUCAUGGCACGACUUCCUGUUAUACUGAAUGUCAUCAAUAAUAAGUGUUGCGGUACAUUUCAAGCGACAAGCUGGAUCAUAUUUCACUUCCAAGGGAAGGACUCCACACGCGCCUGGCUUGCGAAGUUGAGUAUGCAUCGCCGUAGAAACAUAUAUGUCUUCCCGAUUCUACACCGACUGAUCGAUCAAACGAUACCAAAUGAACGAUAUGGUUGUUUAUGGUUGAAGUGUAUCCUGCCCAAUAUUUAACAAAGGAUUUAUUUUAUAACGGGAUGCUUUGAUUUCCCAAAUAUCGCCAACUUUGUGUAAACAAUAGUGCUAUCUUGACUGUGAAAGCGCAGGCUAAAACCCGUUAUGGACUGUAAAAUUCCUUUCAUUUACAUUGCUGAAACUCAACGAUCAAGAAUGAUUAUGUCAAAGACUCGAAGUAUAAGUAUCUGUUAUCAGACGAACGCCAAGACUCCACUGUGCGUUUCCGUGCGUGGCGGUACAUAUAACUUGAAUAUUUAGGACGAUACGAUAUAUGCACCAGAUUGCACCAGACCCUGGUAUUGUACUUUAUAUUAAAUUAUUUCAUAUUUCGUGUAUUACAGUAAUUUACAGCAGGUGCAUUAUAAACCUUAAUUACCUAAAAAAGACCAUUCAUUGUCAUUGCCAUUAUCCAUUCAGGGAGCUUUUAUUUGAAGAAUAACCCGGCUUAAAAUACAGCUUCUUUCGACUUGUAUAAUUCCGCUGUGUCAUCAAUAUUUUAAUCAACUUUAAUCUUUAUCGUAUACUGUAAUAACAUUUUAGUAAUUCCACCAAACGAUACUAGACGCAAACAACCUAUCUAUCAAUGGAAACUUUAAAAGGCUUAUUAAAACUUUAUAUUAAGUAAUUUUAUGAAUUAUGUAUAUAUAUACAUCCCUGAUAAAACGUUGGACACUUUAUACCAGAUAUAAUAAAUAUACUCUGCUAAACCUUUUCGGCUAUCAUUCCUUUGCAUUCAAGGGGCGAGGGUGAAUGGCGAUAGAAUUCAUAUCUGAGAUUCUGUGCAAUAGUUUGAUUUUUGGCUUGAACAAUCGUGCAGAAAAGGAAAUGCAUACCGCUGUGAUUUGUCGUAUAAUUCUUUACCGUCGAUCCCAAACAAUUAUGUACGUUAACAAUCCUUCCUACUGGGUGUUUAAUAUAAACAAUGUAACGUUUUUAAAAAAAAAUCAGGAGCACUAUGUCUAUAAACCGUUUUAAAAUCAAUAGAAUGGACAUUCGAUGUCUAUUCGGCUAGUGCCCAAAUGGGUAACGUUUGCUGUAAGACCAGCAAGGCGCUACGACCUACACAGGCUGACAGUCGCUUUUAAAAUCUCUAUUUAACAAAAUUUAUACCGUUCCAUAUGACAACAAUUCAAUGGCAUAUUAUAAGGCUAUUAUAAAUAUCUGAACCAGAUACAGAAACGUAGUAUGCGUGAAAUGAAACUGCGCCCGAACCCCGAGACAAUAAAAGUGCAAAUAUUUCCAAGCAUAUACGAUCAUACCUUUCCGUUGCUUGAUUUUCUGACUUGUCUGUCGCUAUAAGAAUCUACAGUUUAGCAUGUUUGUAUAACUUUAAACCAAACAGAAACCAAUUUAGCAAGUAUUUUGAAGUAUAUAUGAUUCUCAAAACGAUUGUACAGAACGGCCACUCCUUGCAAUCGAAGUGUGAACUGCGGAAGUGGAAACGUGUAAUAUGUGACUUUCCAUUCCCCUUUUCGGCUAUCAGUUUUCUGUGGGUCACGAGACCAGCCCCGACCAGGGUCUUUGCUCAACAAGAGGAAAAAGUCUGGGAACGAGGUUGUUUCUCUCUCUCGUUGGCAUAAAUCGUGUUGCAUAUUUUUUUAAGAAUACUAUUCUUUUACAGGCAGUGCGUGACCUUCUAAAUCAAAUUACCCAUGGCAGUUUAAACAUAACUUUGAUUACCAUUGAAGGAUUCAGUCAGUUAAGCAAGACCCCUCCAAAACAACAACUAGAAAAUCUACAGGUUAGUCGUUUGUUAGAAUCAAUAAUCACCUAUUUAUGCUACUCCUGUAGAGCCAUUAAAUGUAGGCACCGAAUAUAAAAGUGAUUGUUUGGCUCUAAAUACAGCUAAAAUCGUGAUUCGAUUUAUUUGAAUUCGGGUUUACGUGAAGACUUUUAAAGAAAUAUUUUUUUUAUUAAAUGCGUUGCACAAAUACACGCAGCAAGAGUGCUUCGACCUUGUUGCGCCAUGACAACGUUCUUGAGCACAUAACAAGCUAAAGUUAGAACAGUUUUAGAUUAACGCCUACGACAGGGAUUUUGGAAGUUGUGCAUGAAUAUAUAUUCAACAUUUUUCUUCUAGAAACUUGAUGCUCGCAUCAUAGUGGGCGAGUUUUCCACAUAUGGUGCUGUUAAAGUUUUCUGUGAGGUUUGUUUUGUUUUGCUUUACAUAUAAAAAAUAAAAGGACAUACAUUUUACCAUACAAAUAACAAAUAGCUGUUAUCUGUUCAGUUAUAAAUACACAGUACGACUUCACAAUGCGGGAGCGGCCGAGGCGAGUGGAUGACUUUUUUGGGGUUUUUUCCACAUUUUGAUGUGAUACUGUGCAUCUAUACCUGAACAGACAACGGCAAAAUCUUAUCCAUUUGUUUUAUAAAAUAAACAGAAAGCCCACAAAUUAAACUAACUUCUAUCCACCCAACCAAUUGGAAAUUUGAAAAAGUCGAAAUUUUACAAAUACCACACGUAUACGAUUUAUACAAGUAAAGGAAUGCUAUUGCAACAUAAGGUUUUGUGUGACGUAAUUCCGUGCCUUUGUCUUCUAAUAGAUCAUGGAUUUUAACCAAUGAAUGCGCUUGAAUUCUUAACGUUGUUAUUUUAUAGACAUCAUCUCGUAUACAAUUCGCGGUGUUUUUUUCACACGCACUUCGACAAUCUCAAAUCUUCAUGCAAUAGGGUCAUGCGCCGACAGAACCGUACCUCUAUAUAUACAAGAUAAUUGGGGGGAGGUGUGCAUAUUUAUAUAUCCGUGUUCUGCCUGAAGCGAUUGUUUUUGCGGUGAAUAUUCACCCCUUCCCCCACACCAUUAUCGCGUCUAAGUACGGCGCUGCACGCGCGUGUUCAUUUUUCGAAUGCAAGACAGGGGACAAUUUCACGGUAGUUUAUAUCGCCGCAUUUAUCUAUCUCCUGGUUAAUCGAACUUUUUCAUCUGACAAAAACAAAUUAUUUUGUUUUAUCAACUUCAAAAAUAAAAUGGACGACAAACCAAACUAAUGAAAAGGAAUUGGAACAUCACGUUGAUCGUUAAUUUAUUCUAUCAAUUUUGGUAUAAAAUUGUAAAAACAACGGAAAACUGCGCAUUUCUUUACGAGAUUCAUUUGCUUCCAACAGACGCUAAGUUCAAAAUAUAUGAAUAAUUUCUUUUUCGUUAAAAUUAGGUCAUUCGAAUCACUAUUAUAGGUCAUUAAAACAUACCUAUGUAUAUAUUAACAGUUACAGUAACUGUAACAGUAAUUGAAUCAGAAGAACAAAAAAAUUACAAAAAUUUAACAGCUGUCUGCAGGUAGCGAAAGCUAUUCGAGGCAGACAACUGGAAGACUAUACUACGAGUUAUAGAGAUUAAAAUGACAUAUUUGUUUCAAAAAUAUAUGCAAUAAUAAUAUUUUAUCCUUAGAAGAAUUUAACGGAAUUUAUCUUAAAGGGAUACGGCAAUAUAUAUUUUUAUUAUUUCAUUUGGAAGAACUUUUAAAAUUAUAUGUUAAUAUCUUUUACCGAUUUUGCAUAACUUUAUUAUUUCUUGAGAUAUUUGAACAGAAAAAAAUCACAAAUCAGCGAGUUUUCCGCCAUAUUGGAUUUUGGCGGAUAUGCAUGUGACAUCAUAAGCAGGGUCACGCAAGAAUUUUAUCCAUAGAGCAAUUGGUUAUUAUGAGCCCAAAAUCAUAUACUUCAGUAACUAUUUGAAAUAAAAAACUGUCUGACGACUUUUCAAACAAGACUUAAUGUUAUUUGGUCAUUUAGAUGUAGUUUUAUAUGGCUAACCCUGCUUAUGACGUCACUAAAAUCACCGAUAAUGAGAUAAAAAUUAAUCCAAGAUGGCGGACAACAAAUGAUUUUAAGUCAAAAUAUUUCAAGAAAUAAUAAAGUUACGCAAAAUCGGUAAAGAAGAUUAACAUAUAAUUUUAAAAGUUCUUUAAAAUGAAAUAAUAAAAAUUUUCAACUUUUCGUUAACGUUGCGAUAUCAACAUAAUCCUCCUCAUUAGUAAAUAUAGAAACUAAUACUUUGUGUAAUGUUUUCUUAAAUUUAUUCAUUGGAAAUUUACGUAAAUCACAUGGAAUACUGUUCCAUAUUCUUGGGCCAGUUCUGGAAAAAUACUUAUUCCGUUUAUUUAAACAUGAAUGUUUCACAUAAAAGUUAACGUUUCAAGAAAAUCUGCGGGUACUAUAGUCAUGUAUGUCAUGAGUAUAGUAAGGAGAUUUUAUAUAUGUAGUGGUGCCAAGUUAUUAUGUACAUAAUGCAUCAGAAUAGAGAGAGAUUUAAAGUAUAGCAUCUCAACAGGUAAAAUAUUGGAAGAAGAAAAGAAAUUAAUUACAUGGAUGUAUAAUUCCCAAAGUAUAUUAACCGAAGAACACGUUUUUGAAGUUUUAAAAUUUUAUCAAGAUCAACUUUGGAAGCCUGACCCCAUACUGCUAUGCCAUAGGAAAUAUGAGGAAGAAAAAGAGAGUUAUAAAUAUUUAUCAAAGUAUUUCUAGAUACAAAAUGCCUUAAUUUGGAGAUAAUGCCAACUGUCUUACUUAUUUUUAAAGCAACGUGACUAAUAUAGUAUUUCCAUAUAAGAUUACUGUCAACAAGCAGACCCAAGUAUAUUGCAUAAUUUUUACGUUCCAAAGAAAUAAAAAAGUUUGAAUCGUUGUCAAAUAUCGUCAAAUCUACCUCAUAAUUUAUCUUCUUUUGAUAAGGAUGAAAAUCACAAAAUGCGUCUUUUUCAUAUUCAACGAUACUGUAGUUUAUUUGCAGUUAACAUGUUACACACUUUAAGUAGUACCGCAUUAAGUUUUUAGAUCUUUAUCAGCGUACAUCAAAUUCGUAUCAUCCACAAAUAAGUAAAAUUGCAAUUUGUCAUAUGAAUUAUAGAUAUCAUUAACAUAAAUAAGGAAAAGCAAAGGUCCUAAAACAGACCCCUGUGGUACACCUAUCGUUGUUAAUUCUUUGUCGGAUACUUUAUCACCAACUUGUGUUGUUUGUAUACGAUUCGAUAAAUAUGAGCGAAACAAAUUAUUAAUUACAAUCCCAAGCACUCCGUAAUGAUGUAACUUUUUCAAAAUUAUAGAAUAAUCUACAGAAUCAAACAUUUUCUGUAAGUCAAUAAAUAUAUCACUGACAAGAGUACUUUUUUGGUCCAUAUUCAGUUGUAUUUGGUUUACUAUAUCAAUUAAAGCAUGUUGAGUUGAUCGUUCUUCACGAAAUCCAUAUUGUUUCUCGUACAAACUAGCAAACAAGCAAGGUAAUUACCAUUUGGGGUUUUUGAUUUUUAACUUCACCGCCGACAUUUCAUGCAGCCACGUCUCAUUUUCUUAAUGGUAAGAGCCAGGAUUUGUCAAUUAAGAAAUACGGGCGAUACCCAACAGAUAUGAUCAUCUGAGUCAAUCCAAUAGACUAUUUUGCACGCGAAACCAAUAGCCAUAGCCACGAUUUUUGGGUAUAAAGGUAAUGGCAUAAAUUGGCCGGGAGGCUGUACGCGCAGGGGUAUAGGACUAAAGAAAGACCGUCAGGUUCAGACUAAGGUAACCAUUGAGAUUAGGGUCAGAUUAAGAUUAGAUAAGAGUCAGAGGCUUCAUUCGGGGUUUGUCUCGCUCCGUUGUUGCUACCCCAUUAUUCUUGCUUACAACGAAUAUUUUUGUUAUUAAUUUAUUUUGAACUUGUAGGGACAUCUGAGAGAGGUAUCCUGCACAUAUUAAUGUCUAAAACACGAUACUUAAUACUCCUCUUUUUGACAAGGUGACUUCUCUUUUAUGCACCGAGAAAUAAAUCAAGUAUUAUUUUACACCAGCAACGUAUUGUACAGGAGAAAAAAUAUUAUCUCCGUCUCAGGUUGUAUUUGCUAUAGACAAGGCGACUAUACGCGUCUACGCGCUCGAGCGCUUCAAAUGUUUUCCAAUAAAAAAGACAAAUCCAUUUCUGAAUGUGGAGGGGAAAAUGCCGAUCAUCCUUGCCUGCAUUAGGUUUAUCAAAGGGAAAUGUAAAUAUUAUUAUUCUCUUUAUUAUAAUAGGCUUACAAAAUGGGUAUGGUUGGCCCUGAGUAUGUCUGGUUGUUGUCAGGUGAAUUGGCUGGCGGUUGGUUUUCACCAAAGAAGUUUUAUAAGUACUACAAUAAAACUGUUGAUUGUAAUCUCAGACAAAUUAUUGAAGCAGCGGAUGGAUUCAUUGCGUCCACGAAAAUGCCCAUACGCCAAGAUAAUAAUGAAACGCUGUCUGGUUUGGUAAGGGUUUUUUUUUAAUUUUUAAGAUUUCGUCUUCAAAUAGUUUGUUCCGUUCAAUACUACAUCUAUUAUUAUUUGCAUAAAUUAGAACUAAAAAUGUAGCAAUUAUUUCUGAUAAAAACCUGGAUUGUCAGAAGCAAGCUUAAUGUAAUACAGUUUUAAGGCAACCUUAAUAUUACAACUACUUCAAGAUUCCAAUUUUCGGAGUUACUUUGGUUCCUACAAACAGGUGGUCUCAGGCAAUCAUUGAGAAAACGUUUUGCAUGGGUAAUCGUUUCCCCCUAAAACAUUUAGAACAUAUUCACGUUCAUUAGCUUGAGAAUCACUGUCUGACGGCAAGGAUUCAUCACUUUGAAGCAAAGUUUUUGCUACGGAUCUUUUACGGUUUCCUAGAUGAUGAGAGUCGUACAUGACAAAUAUUUGUCUGUGGGUUUGCGAUAAACAUCAGUCUCUAACUUCCCUUGGAAAGUUCUGUGAACAUACAAGUCUAAAAAAGCUAAAUGUCCAUUUAUCUCACUUUCUGUCAAUUGGAUAGACAGCUCAAUAUAAUUUAAAUAUUGCAGCAGAAGAUCGAUUUCAUUUCUAGAAAUCAGAGCAGCGAGCGAAACAUGAUUGAUAUACCUGGUUGCAGUGUACGAACAAACUUGAAUAUUAAAUUUAAUUUAUUUGAUUUUGUUUUCUUUUUUAAUUUUAUUUUAAGACUUCAAAGACAUUCAUGGAUCACAUGCGUUGUACACACAAAGUUCCAUAUCGUUCCACGAGCUAUGCAUUCGACAGUGUAUGGGCGGCAGCGCUACUAUAUCAGAGAAGUUUAUCUUAUCCAGAUUAUCGUCCAGAGAAUGUGAAGUUUCGAAGUCGUGAUGUCAGAGAGCUGUACGCCUCGUUUCUUUCUGAGACCCGAUUUGAAGGCCUGUCGGUAAGUUUUUGCCCACCGUCUGGUCGUAACGUGUCGGUUUAAGAUACGAAUUACAUUAAACACGGGUCUUUACUGUUCUCGGGGAGAUCAAUAGACUCGAAAUGCAGGUCUUUCUUGCACUGGAUGAACUGGAGGGAUGACAUGCAUCUUCGGCGAACAAAGUGGAGACAACGAUUGUCGGAAGUACUAACACGCGAGGAAUUCAUGUUUUCAACGACGAAUUGAUCGGAGGAAAGGGUGAAAUUAUGUCACAGUAACGUAGCCAGGAUUUCUAGUCAAGGAGUGCUGAAAAAAUCCCAGCAGAGCGGAAGCAAUUUUCCCCUGCGCUAGUUCGAAUAAAGUUUGUUUAUUACGUGAAAAUGUAUUUGGAUUCCUACACUAUUGAUGCAUAAUAUAGAAGAAUGAAUUUUUGAGGGGUCUGGUGGUAUACUCCUCUGGGAAAAUGUUAAAUUCUGGAAUCGGUAAAAUGCCAUUUUAAGCAUUUUAACAGCUAUUAGUUUUAAUGUGUUUUGGUAAUUUGAAUUGUAUAAUAACUACAGUGAAUCACGCAAUUUGAUUGGUCAACAGCCGUGCAGGAUCAGACAAUCCUGCACGGGAAAUUCAGAACAGAAAUUCUUGCACAUAAUUUUACAAAUAUACUCGCAUUGUAAAGUUUCAUUGUACGAUACCUUUCGACAUUGAAGUAAGUUUCCAAUUAAUGAGACGUUGGUUUGGAUGCAUGAAUAAAUUUCUGAUCGAUACAUUGCUAUUCAGCAAGUAGUAACGCGUAGCGUUGAAAUUCAUCAGACCAUGGCAUGCAAGUACAACAUCUCUCGCUUCAAAGUUGAUCAGACGCUUCGCAAUCUUCACGUAUUCAGGUCGAGAAUCUUCAAAACUACUUUGGCUCUCUGUUUAGCGGGUUUUCCAUUUCAAAUUUCGUAUAUUUUAUCGAAAAAGUCCCUAGCUCUAUUUUCGCUGUAUAUUUUCGCGAAUUUGCGAUCAAAUUCUGUUCACAUAUGUUGUUUUCAGUAGCGUGAAGUAGCGAUUCUCUGAUUGGUUAAUUCACGAAUGUUGUGAGAACUGCACAUUUCAUCAGUAUUUUUAAUCAAGUUAAGCGUCGUUUCACUGUAGUAAUUUUAUAAAACAAUUACCAAAUGGUUUUCCCUUGCAGGAUAGCAUGAUCCAUGCACAUGGGAUGUUGCUCGACUUUCGGAAAGCGUCAAAAUACACUCGCCUACGGCUCGUGUAUUUUUACGCUUUCCGAAAGUCUCGCAACAUCCCGCGUGCAUGGAUCACGCAAUCAAGCACGGAAAACCAUUCGGUAUUCCUUUAAUAACCAUUUAACACCUAACAACUCCACUUAGUCACAAACAAAUGCAGAACGUUUAAAACAUAGCAAGAUAUAAAAUUUCCAUUACAAGAAAUGAAAAGAUAAUGCACUUGCUUGUACUGCUCAGAAUAUAUCCGAGAGGGCCCAAACUUUGCCAGAGAGCCGGGCCCCGGGACCACCCUCUGGCUACGUCACUGCAUGUCAUGUCAGCGCGCAAUAUCAAUCUGUCGAUCAUGAACCAUUAACCGUCAAACAAAAUUUUGACUUGCAACGUUGGCAUGGUCAAGAGCCUUUCACCCCAUGUUGGGUUCAAUUCUCGCUACGGAUUCAUGCAAAAAGUCCACCGAGCAGUACCGCAGGGAAAGUUGGCAGGAAGCGUUAGGAUAAACACAUUAAAGAAAGUAAUAUCCCAAUUGUUUAAAGAUAAAGUAGCCUAAGCUAAGUAUGUAAUUAGGUAAGCUUAAUACUUGAUGCAAAACAGUUUUAUCAUAUACACAUGUGAAUUUGCGCUGUUGAGAAUGUCAAUGGCAAUGAAAAAUGUUAACCGCUAUGUUCGUUAAUUUAGUUAAUUGAAUAAUUGAGGAGCAUUGCAAAGAUAACGUUAAAUACACUGUGUCUACUUUUGCAUGUAAAUUCCAACAAAUACUGAAAACAUAAUUACACAAACUAGUUACAAGAUCUAGCAGUGGCAUCUCUCAUAUUUUUAACCACAUUGUUGUCCCCGAGCCAACGGCGCGGAGCGCCGUUCCGUGCGUAAGGCCGAGGCGAGAGUACUAAUUCCGCCCGGCUAUUUACACCGGGGGAAAAGAACGCGCUAGCGAACUCUAAAGUUCAUCAAAUAUCGCGGGCGCGGUUCAUGGGUGUGUGGGUGGUCAUCUCACAGAUAUCAAAAUAUGGCUGCUUGCCAGGAGUGAAGAAGGGGAAAAUAUAAAAAUUACAUGUAAGAAAGCUUGGAAAAUCAUUUCACAUAACAAAUUAUAAAACUUUUUUUCAAUUUUUAAACGUAAACAUAUUUGAUAAAAAUUGAUUUAGUAUGGGAAAUCCUAAAGUAUAGCCUAUAGGGCAAGUUUGUUUCAAUUGUUUAUGUAUGCAUGACUUCGUAUUAAUAUUAUAGACCUUGUUCUUGUUGUUCAAGUCUUUCUAAUGCAUUGUAUGCGAAAGUUUCUUGGUUAAAUUAACUUUUGUAAAAGUUCACGAUAAAAAGGAAAGCAAACUAUUUUCAUUAGCGUCCUCUACGAAUUAAAUUUAUUUCAUUUCAAAGUGCGAGUAACAAGUCGAAGCUCAAGAUGAAGAGUUUUAUAAUGAUUUCGGUGUUGAAAGCAGUUAAUUUCAAUUCGCAUUUAAAAACUUUUAUGUAGAGUAUCGUUUUCAAUUCUACAUUAAAAUAAAACGCAUACAAUGCAAAAUAGUAGAUCUAGUUUAUAUAUUUUAGAAAUUGAUAGUUCUGUGCUUAAAAGUGUUCAAGUUUCAUCUAUUUUUUGCAGGUCUGUACAAAAAAUUAAAAAAAAAAUUAUCGUGUUGCCAUGACUCAGACUAAUAUGACGUGACCAACGUGAGCUUGCGUUCAGUGUUGGCUUAAUUACGAAUACUUCAUGUUAAAACAAUGUUUGGAGAAUAUAGGCGAGGGGUUGUUGCAUGCAUGUAUUUCUAGUAUAUGUUUAAUACCGCAUGCUUUCUCAUGUUGCAAGUUUUGCAAUUGUAAAAAUUUUGUUAUUCGAUCUAGCAUGAACAUGCUAUAUAUUUCCGGCCAUUUCUUAAACAAAAACUAAACAGAAUGUAUCCUAAAGGAUAUAGCUAAUUAUAUACUUCCUAGGCACCUAAUGCAACUUUUUGGAAAGCGCGUACAUCCAUAUUUUACAUUGAACGUUGGGAACUUUGCCAUUUGAGGCCUAAUUUGCUUUAAGUUGUCAUUAUUUUUUCAGGGUUUACAUCAUUUCGAUAAAAGACAAAGGUUGGGAAAUGUGCGCAUUAGCCAAAUGAGAAAUAUAAGUGGAAAAGGUAAUAAAUUUUAAUUUAUUAUAUGGCAAGCAUUUGCUUUGAUGAAUCGCGCAAUUUGAUUGGCUGCUGACGAGGCAGGAUUUUCCCGUGUUGUCCAUGGGCAACACGCAAUUUUUGUUGCCCUACGACGGGAGCCGAGUUUCAAACACGGCAAAAAGUGUCUAAAAGUCUUUCAAACUAUUCAAAACGAAGAUAAAUAAACCUAAAAUAAAGAAAAGAGCAACUGCUGUGGUUAUAGAACUUUCUCAAUACUUUUUUUUAACGAAAGUUUUUUAAAGUCGAAAUUACAAAGUAAAUUUUAAAGAAGUCAGGAAUAUUUGCGUUUUGAUUGUGAAGAGCUGCAAAUUUUAUUUGCAAAUAGCCAGCAGGAAUUUGCAACCAUACUAAAUAAAAAAUACAACUAAAGCAGCCACAGAUUUAUAAUUUUUCCAUGAAAAUUUCUGUUUUUGGUUGACCAUCUUCACGUGAUUUCGUACCAUGCAUGCAGGUUUUUAUCUAGAAAGCUUCGGAUCAAUAAGAAUGCAACUAUAUACAUAGCUGAAAAUAUCAGGAGAACUUCGACCUAUCGAGCGCAAUCACUUAUUACACAAGUUAUUAUAGAGACAAAGAGCAUUCUCUCAAAACGUCGAAUCCCAACUUGUAUUUUUCAGGUAUUUGCAUCCCUAUCAAUCCGAAGCUUUCUAAUUAUUGGGACUACCUAUACACUGGCACAGAUCGUUAGUUUUCUUCUGUUUCUCUCAGGGGCGUAGGAAGCAUCUUUUAGCUGAGGGGGCCAUUAACCAUGAGGGCACUUGCUAGCUGAGAAAGGGCACAUAUUACUGUAUUUUACCAAAAUGACCUAGUAACAAAUAGAUAACAUUUUGCAGUUAUCUAUUCAGUUAUAGGUACUCAAUAUGAUGUCAAAAUGUAGCAAGAAUAAAAAAGGGCCCACGAGCAGCAUAGGCGAGGGGUCACUGAUGUUCUUAGCACAUUAUGCCGUCUUACUGUGUUCCUUUAACUGAACAGACAACAACGAAAUGUUGUCUUGCUAUUUAUUUUAUAUGGUACAAAAAAAUAUUCUUUAUUCUAAAUCUUUAUUCGCCCCAAACAUUUGGAAAACAGAAGAGUGGAACAGAUUCAACGUUUUGAAGUUCAUACUUCGAAAUUGGACACACUUUGGGAAAAAAGGAUAUAAAAUGAACAAAAACCGGUAGUUAUUGUAAAAAUAUCAAGAAGAAAAUGUGUUAGGAGGUCCGAAAAAUUUUUUAAGUACCCCGUCGCCAACAUUUCAGGGGAAAAUGUUAUAUGUUGCAAAAUAUUUUUGAAAUUAGGCUCGGCAAAAUAGAAGCUGUUCCGCCACCACUGCAACCAAAUAAAUAUAAUUUAUAGCAGUGUAGUGACAUCAGUACCGGUUGUCUGAGUAACAAGAAGGACUCAUGAUAAGUGACGAAAUACCCAACCGUUGUUAAUCUUUACCACUUAAAUAUACAGAACAUACUGAACAUUUUAGGUUACAAGGUUAGGUUACGCAUCGUAAGCCGUCAAUGCAUUGACAGUUAACAGUUUGCACACAAGAGCGACAAAAAUGGAAAUUUACCAAGAGAAUUUAGAUUAUACAUGGACUCAAACCGUUGCAUUACUCCUGUGUGUCACAAUUCAAUAAAGUUUUAAUUCUAGAAUAAGUAAUGCAUGAAUGCUUACUUAUGCAAAAUAUGAUACCUUAAAUCCAUACUGAAAUUUGAAAUUCAAAUCAAGAGUGCUCUUCACUUUUACAUAUCAAAAUCCGCCAUUUUGGGGGUACUGUCUGCCCUCGUGAAAGAUUCUAAGAAUUCAAUCAACGCGAAAAGCGACUUUUAAAAGUUGUAACUGUAAAUUUACCAUUAUACAAACAACUACAAUACUAAAAAGUUGCAUUUCUUGGUGCGGAAAUCUCAAACGUGGGACGGAGGCAGUACCCCAAAAAUGGUGGAAAAAUCGACAGCACUUCAUUGUUUAAAGUCUAAUUCAGGACUUGAGUGACCGCAUAUAUAUUCUAUGCAUGUUUUGGGAUCAUUUACAAUGCGCUAAUUUUAACCAAAGUUUAAUUGAUUAUUUGAUUUGUUUCAUGGACAAUAAUUUAUUAAAAGGCACUUUUCUCAAGAAUUUCAGUUUAUUUUCAGGACAACAUUUUUCACGAAGGCAAAGGGCACUUUGCCAUCGGAGAGAGGGAAUUUUUUGUGCCUCAUAAAAACUUGGGGGCCUUGGCCCCCUUGCCCCCCCCCCACCGGUUCCUACGCGUCUGGUUCCUCUAACAGCAUACUAACCUGCUCUGCUACAUCUAGUUCUUCGCCAUCACGUGUAUUUUUGCCCAAUUAACUAUUACCAAUGUUUUAGGAAAGUUACACUCCGUGACUCGAACCAAAGGGUAAAUUAGAAAUCUCAUGAGUUCCACAGCCAUAUUGCCUUCGAUAGGCUAUGGUUAACCGAAAAUAAAGUAAAAACGUAAUGUCAGAAAAAAUUUUGGUAUGGUUACAAAGGUUGUUUUCUUGCAUUAAUAGCAAAGUUGUUUCAAGUGGGAACAUUUACGUCCAUCAACCGGGUAGAAUCUAGAAUUACUCUUCUUGAAAGCCAAAUAAAUAAAUUAUGGAAAGGUAAGCUGGUCAGUAAAUCAAUUUUUUGGUGAUAGAUGCGCUUCUCAUAUAGUGUAACCUUAGUCAGGUCAGUCUUCAUUGUAACUCUGGUUUGUUGUUUACAAAUCGCCGAAAAUGCUCUAGACAAAGUCAAACUUAUAGCAUAUCUUUACCAGAAUUUGUUGUUGACAAAAUACCUUAAAUGAAAACUUCAUUUAAAAUUCAUAUUUUGAUUUUUCCUUACCUCACGUAACAGAGGUACAAAGACAUUUUUAGUGGAAAAACUAUAUUUUUUGUUAGAUAAUUCAGGACGUUAUUACCGUUUCCCACCGUUUUAUUCGUUAUAUUUCUAAAUUGAACAUUUUGAAAUUUACUUAUCUCCUCAUUUCUGCCUUCUACACAAAGCCUGAUUCACGUAACACGCUUUUAAGUUAACUGACAUUCUGUCUUAACUGUGAUUUCUUCGGUGAGGUGUUGUGAACGACAUAAGGCAGUGCAAGAUCUCAUCCUGUCCGUAUGAAUGUAAACUAAUUCAAAGUGGUAGGGGAAAACCAAAAAUAACAGAUCAAAUUGUUAGUGUGAACAUUUAUGUAAAUGCAUAAUGACCUAAUCGCAGUCUAUUUGAUUUUCUUGUAGACGGUAAAGUACCAGUUGAUGAGACAACGAAAGAAAGAAACAUUUUAACUUACUCCAUACGACAGUUGUCUAUUAUAGGCGCUUUUGCAGUUUCUGGUCUUCUUUAUUCCAUCCUUUUGCUGUAUUUCAACGUCAGUAAACGAAAUCACAAGUAAGCUUGACAGCAACAUUGUAUGGAAACUCUUUUCCCCAACAUAGUCUCUCAAUAUAUGAUGGUCUGAAAGCCCGCAAACUUCAAAACCACAAAAUAGAAAACCUUUGUUUGAUAUUGAACUGUACAUCAUGUACCGUGCACAAAUCGUUUGUCUCAACUUCAUUAAAUAUUAUUCAUCGUCGUUUCACGUUUCAUCUCAGCUAUCCUAUUGGACGAUUACUUCAUUCUACGAAAAUACAUUGAGUUCAAUCACCGUGACCGUGCACAAAUUAACAUAAACUCAAACAAAAAUAUACUACAAUGACUUCUGUUCAGUUUUCAGAUCAUCAUAUUUCGAUAUUCAAUGUUCCCAAGCAGCGUAGUAACGUGGAAUUAAGCUUUUAACCUAUUUUAAUGUAAGCUAUUUUAAUUAAUUCUGGAUAGCUCAAUCAUAUAUAUUGUGCUUAAUCGGAUAGCUCAAGAGUUUAUUUCUUGAGGUCAAAUACGGAUUGAUACUCCGUAGCCGAUAACAUCAAAGUGCUCAGAGAGAAUUUGGGCUGGUAAGAAGUGCGAAUCUGAAACUACUUUAGUCACGUAUAAUAGGCCGAGGCAGAAUGAUAAUCAAAACUGUUUAAAUUUGGAUUGCACAUCUGACUAUUGCGUGAGACAACCUUAAUUCAAUUAGCUAUAUCUCUUCACAUGCAAAUUGUUGCAUGAUUAUGGUGACAGAUAUCAUGAAUUUGUUUUUUAUUUUUCCAGAGUGAUUCGAAUGUCCUCUCCAAUGAUAAACAAUGUGGUUCUAGUUGGAUGUUUCUUUUGCUAUACGUUUGUUUUGUUGUUUGGAAUUGAUUCGAGAUUUGUUGAUGAUCAUGUCUUUGGUAUUUUGUGCAAUGUAG